AUGAGCUUAUGUAAUAACAAACUUACAUUGGUGAUUGUUAAUUCAAUUUGUUGCAUCUCUCAGGUGAAGGAGAAAGACACUGCAUGGUUUGUCAAGUUUUGUGUUCCUUGGUGCAAGCACUGUAAGAAUCUGGGCUCCCUAUGGGAAGACUUAGGGACAGCAAUGGAAGGCCAAGAUGAGAUAGAGGUUGGUGAAGUUGAUUGUGGUGCCAGCAAAUCAGUGUGCUCGAAAGUGGACAUCCACUCAUACCCCACGUUUAAGGUCUUUUAUGAAGGAGAAGAAGUUGCUAAAUAUCAAGGGAAAAGGGAUGUAGAUUCGCUCAAGGCAUUUGUUUUGGAAGAAGCAGAGAAGGCUGAGAAGGCUGCAGCCGAAAAAGAGAAUGACAGUGACAUUGACAAAGAGUUGUAAUUCACCGGAAGAGUGUGGUUGAUGCCUAUUUCUCUCCAAUCGGCAACCAUGUUUGGACUUGGUAGUCUAGCCUCCAGCGUAACUCCAUGCACUACCAGAAAUGAUAGGACUGAUACUAGAUAUUGGGGUUUUGCUGAUACGAGUUUUGGGCCGAAAUCUCAGCAGUGUUUAAACGCAAGAAUGGCAGAAUCUUGUAGCUUUGCAUCAUAUUGGACUCAGAAUUGUGCAUUCAGUUUUCCAGGGGAAAGUCGAUCAGUACAAGUAACCCCCAGAUUAUACACGGCCUAGCUCUUUUUCAUAUGUAUAAACUCAACUCUCUGAGUCCUAAGAGUACCAAUUGCAAUCGUAUUACUCAGAGACAUGAUCGUGGCACCAACCGAACGAUGGCAUCAGUAAUGAACUCUUCCAUCUUGUAGAGCAGUGGACACUUGCAACCUUGUUGUAACUACGGUAAAGACCACACCGAUGAGCUUUGCAAAACAGAAAGUCACUAAGCCCAAUAUUAUCUGUUCGAUGCAAAAAUAAGGGCAAAACUUUUGAACGGCUCGCUCUCUUGGACAAAGAUAGAGCAACUCCGACACAGGCAAAUUGAAAAACAUUACUAAACAAACAGCGACUACAUCCUACUAGAACCAUUACCACCAUGUUCAGAUGAUAAAUUCUAACAACGGACACCGAGAAGCCACCACGAACAACCCUCCAUUAACAACAUUUUCCGCCAACUUAAAAACACAAAACGAUGUCCACUUGACAAAAAGCUGAUAAAAAUGCUUCACUUCUUCUUGGCAGCAGCCUUGGUGACCUUGGCACCAGUAGGAUCCUUCUUCUCCACGGCCUUGAUGACACCCACAGCAACAGUCUGCCUCAUGUCCCUCACGGCGAACCUACCCAGAGGUGGGUACUCGGAGAAGGUCUCCACCACCAUGGGCUUGGUCGGAAUCAUCUUCACGAACCCGGCAUCACCAUUCUUCAAGAACUUGGGCUCCUUCUCGAGCUCCUUUCCGGAUCGCCUGUCGAUCUUGGUCAUGAUUUCAGAGAACUUCACAGCAAUGUGGGAGGUGUGGCAGUCGAGAACUGGGGCGUAGCCGUUUCCAAUCUGGCCAGGGUGGUUCAUGAUGAUGACCUGGGAGGUGAAGUUGGCAGCCUCCUUUGCAGGGUCAUCCUUGGAGUUGGAGGCAACGAACCCACGCUUGAGAUCCUUGACAGCAACAUUCUUCACGUUGAACCCAACGUUGUCACCAGGGAGUGCCUCCUGGAGAGCUUCAUGGUGCAUCUCGACUGACUUGACCUCAGUUGUCAGCCCGGUGGGACCAAAGGUAACAACCAUACCGGGCUUGAUGACACCGGUCUCAACACGACCCACUGGCACAGUUCCAAUACCACCAAUCUUGUACACAUCCUGAAGCGGGAGACGGAGUGGCUUGUCUGAUGGCCUCUUGGGCUCGUUGAUGUUGUCAAGAGCGUCAAGAAGGGUUGGGCCCUUGUACCAGUCAAGGUUGGUCGACCUCUCAAUCAUGUUGUCUCCCUCGAACCCAGAGAUGGGAACAAAUGGAACCUUGUCUGGGUUGUACCCAACCUUCUUCAAGUAGGAUGAAACUUCCUUCACGAUUUCAUCGUACCUAGCCUUAGAGUACUUGGGGGUGGUAGCAUCCAUCUUGUUGCAGCAGCAGAUCAUCUGCUUGACACCAAGGGUAAAGGCGAGGAGAGCAUGCUCACGAGUCUGGCCAUCCUUGGAGAUACCAGCCUCAAAACCACCAGUGGUGGAGUCAAUGAUGAGGACAGCACAAUCAGCCUGGGAGGUACCAGUAAUCAUGUUCUUGAUGAAAUCACGAUGUCCUGGGGCGUCAAUGACUGUGCAGUAGUACUUGGUGGUCUCAAACUUCCACAGGGCAA